AUGACAGAAUGGUUUGAGGAACUUUUGAAGUAGUACAGUUGAGCCAUGGGUAGCAGUGAGAUGGAUAAAUCCCCAAAAGAGGCGAAGCAAGCAAAAGAGUCAAAGCCCCCCAAUUCACAGGAGCAAACUUCUACUACUACCGCUGGCCCAGUUAAUCAAGAUUGGUCUGGCUUUCAGGCAUAUUCUCCUAUGCCUCCUCACGGGUUUAUGGCAUCAAGUCCUCAAGCGCACCCUUAUAUGUGGGGAGUUCAGCAAUUUAUGCCACCCUAUGGUACUCCACCACAUCCAUACGUUGCAAUGUAUCCCCAUGGUGGUAUAUAUGCUCAUCCAACUAUUGCUCCGGGAUCUUACCCCUUCAGUCCUUUUGCAAUGCCUUCUCCAAAUGGCGUCGCUGAAGCUUCAGUUAAUAACUCUGGUAAUGUUGAAGUGGAUGGUAAGUCAUCUGAGGGAAAGGAAAAAUUGCCGAUUAAGAGAUCUAGGGGAAGCUUGGGUAGUUUGAAUAUGAUCACUGGGAAGAAUAACGGACCUGGUAAGACACCUGGAGCAUCUGCAAAUGGAGUCUAUUCUAAAAGUGCCGAGAGUGGAAGUGAAGGGUCAAGUGAAGGAAGUGAUGCUCAUUCUCAAAAUGAGUCACCAAUGAAUUCAGGAGGCAGGCAGGAUUCAGCUGACACAUCUCAAAAUGGCGAUGCUGCGCAUGGUUCCCAGAAUGGAGGGACUGGUACUCCUCAUUCGAUGAUUAACCAAACUAUGGCUAUCGUGUCAGCUGCUGGGGCUGGAGGUAUUCCUGGCCCCACUACCAACUUGAAUAUUGGUAUGGAUUACUGGGGUGCUGCCACUUCAUCGUCUAUUCCUGCAAUGCAUGGAAAGGUACCUGUUUCAGUUGCUGGAGGGUUAGUUACUGCUGGAUCGCGAGAUAGCGUCCAAUCACAGAUGUGGAUUCAGGAUGAAAGGGAGCUUAAGAGGCAGAAAAGAAAGCAGUCUAACAGGGAAUCUGCUCGUCGAUCUAGGUUAAGAAAGCAGGCAGAGUGUGAUGAACUUGCACAGCGUGCUGAAGUUUUGAAGGAAGAAAAUGCCUCUCUUAGAGCUGAAGUGAAUCGUAUCAGGAGUGAGUACGAGCAUCUUCUUGCUCAGAAUGCAUCUCUUAAGGAGAGGCUUGGGGAAGUUCCGGGGGAAGAUGAUCCAAGAACUGGUCGAGAGGACCAUCUUCCAGGCAAAAAUGCCCAGCAUUCUUCACAAACCGAGUCCCAGUAGGGUGGUCAAUGAAGUACUAGCUGCAUUUAUGUGGAUUGAUGAUUAGGAGUUUAACCUAACAAACUUUGUAAAAGAAAAGGUUUAAUUUAAGGUAGUUUAUAAUUCGCGAAAAGCUCACCUUUUUUAGUAUCAGGAUCUGUAAUAUGCCUAACGUAGUCCAUCGUUUCUCUGUCGGGCCAAUCUUUUAUGGUCGAGAAACCUGGAUGAUAUGUAGAGAAUGUGAUCGUCGCA